UUGCGUCACCGUUGAUGUUGUGACUCGUGAGAUAUUAUACAGUACUUCUAGCGGUGUUCGGACACGUUGUACCACUGUUGUCUUUUUGUAGCUCCAUAGCAAGUCCGUUGUCCGUUUUAAUUUGUUAGCAUUAUCAUUAUUCUCGUAACUCGUAGAGGUGUCUGCUGUAGCUCGGAUGAACAAACAUGUCUUCUGAUGAAAAUUUACAAGGUUCCUGGGUCGAGCUGCACUACAGCAGCGGUAGCUCGGGGAGCGAGCACGCGCCCGCGGCCGGGCAGGAGGGCGACAUGGAAAGAAUGCUGCUGGAAGCGCAGCGCGAAUCCGGCAGGAGUAGCUCCAGAGGAAGCUCCAGCUGCGACAGUCCUCCAAGAUCCCAGACUCCCUUGCAACUUCACAGAAGCUCAGAGGUGCACACUGGAGAAAAGAGCAGUUCACAGUCUGAUGAAGAUUCUUUGGAGAGAAGACAGGAAAUCGACAAUUUAAUGAAGAAAAAUGCUGACUGGAUCUGGGAUUGGUCGAGUCGACCUGAAAACAUUCCACCCAAGGAGUUCCUCUUCAAGCAGCGGAAACGCUCAGGGACCCUCAGCAUAAGAAACACUGGGAUAAUGAAGAAGGGGGGCGUCUUCUCGCCCGAGUUCCUGAAGGUCUUCCUCCCUUCUCUGCUGCUCUCCCACAUCCUGGCCAUGGGGCUCGGAAUCUACAUCGGAAGACGUCUGACCACCUCUGCCGCGACCUUCUGAAAACACAUUGCGGGAACCCGUUUAUUGUUAUCGUUACAGGAUAUCCUAAAUGACCUGGCAUGCCUUGAUUCAAUGCUUAGAGCUCGGUCACGUGACUUCCAUUUCACUGGCUGCGGUGGCCUCACUACCUGCUGGGAAUGAGUAAUGUUGACUGCACGCUGCCCUCAGACCUCUCUGUCCUGAACAUUUCCAUUAUAUCCAUGUUCAUGCCAUCGGGUCAGCAACCAUUUCACUUUAGAAACAUGACAUUUACUGGACAGCCUUCACUUUAAAUGCGUUUUCUAGGCGUAUUGAUUUAGUAAGUACACUGUACAAGUCUAAGCUCGAAUGUGAAAAGCAUAUUUCAGUACACUGACUUUUUCUAUAGCAAGCAGAACAUAAAGGACAGAAACAAAAGCACAAUUGCCUACAAAAAGGGAAUAUUAUAGGGAAAGAAGGAUACAUUUUCAGGAAAUAAAAAAAUAUAAUAUAAUAAUAAUAUGUUGUUGGAAUAAGUUUAAUUUCCUGUGGUUUUGCUUUUCAUGAUGAUUUUUGUUUUUUUACUUUUACUUUCAUAGAACUGGUCCAGUUGCUAAAUCCAAGUUCAAAGGCUGUGCUGAAGGUUGUGCAUUCUGCCUGAAAAUGCAAUUCUGAUCAUUGCAUUGAGUAUUAUUAUUGUUAUUUUAACAAUAAUAAUUAUGAUUAUUAUUAUUAUUACUGCAGGUACAGCCCUUAGACAAGCCAACAAAUGGAAUAGCCAGGUAGUGCAAUGGAUGAGCAAUGGAUAAAGAAAAGAUAAGUCAGGACUUCCACAAAGAAUGAACACAUUUUAACCUGUCAAAUGAAAUGGCAAAAGUGGCAGUAAUGGAAGUUGUAAUUACAAUUUCUAAUUACAGCAUAGAACAUAACUUUCUCAGGAUGUGCCUCGCAAUGUGUGCUUUAAGGGACUUAUAUUACAAAUUUGGUGAUUUUAAUUGUAAACAGGUAGUGAAAUAUUUACACAUCUUUUAACACUAAAUUAAAAAUAAAUGCAUGAGAUUAAUAAUGGUUACCAAGAAGUGCAGCUAUAUAAUAUUGUAUUUUCUGUGGCUUUAAAAUAAUGAUAGUGAAUCAUGAAUAGUGAUCAAAAUAUAUUUAGCCAGAUUCUUACUAACCAAAUUGUAAAGUAUAAUAAAAUCCAGCAUUUAAGAACUUGUACUGGAUGUAUCUUGUCAUCUAACUGAGCCAAACCUAGCAAAUGUACAUUAGAAAUGAAAUCAAAUGCGGAAAAUCAUUCCAAUCCCUGUAUCUAGUGUCUGUUACACUGGCAAAGCAUUUAAGAAACCCUGAAAUAAAUGAUUUAAUUCAGAA